AUGGGUGCCUAUAAAUAUGUUGAAGAAUUAUACAAACAUAAACAGUCGGAUAUUCUUAGAUUUCUUUUAAGAUUACGUUGCUGGGAAUAUCGUCAAUUAAAUGUUAUUCAUCGAGCAUCUCGUCCAUCCAGGCCAGAUAAAGCACGUCGACUUGGCUAUAAGGCUAAACAGGGAUAUGUGAUUUAUCGUAUUCGUGUUCGUCGUGGAGGGCGUAAACGACCAGUUCCCAAAGGGGCAACCUAUGGAAAACCUACUAAUAUGGGUGUAAAUCAACUUAAAUAUCAGAAGAGUUUAAGAGUGACUGCAGAGGAACGUGUUGGUAGAAGAUGCUCAAAUUUGAGGGUUCUAAAUAGUUAUUGGGUUAAUCAGGAUUCUACUUAUAAGUAUUACGAGGUUAUUCUUGUUGAUCCUCAUCAUAAAGCUAUUCGUCGGGAUCCUCGUAUUAAUUGGAUUGUAAAUGCAGUUCAUAAACAUCGGGAAGCUCGUGGUCUUACAGCAAUUGGAAGGAAAUCUAGAGGGGUUUCAGGUAAAGGACAUUUAUAUAACAAAAGUUCAUGUGGAAGGAGAAAAAUAUGGAAAAGGCACAAUACAUUAUCUCUUCGUAGAUAUCGUUAA